UAAGAGAGUAAGUGAUGUACAGACUUGAGUGCAUACACUGUACGUAAUACUGUAUAAGUUUACAGUAUAACAUUGUAUGCAGUGAUACAGUGAUGGGAGUUAUAGCCAAAUAAGUACACAAACCAUUGCCUUAUAGAGAAAGCCAUAAACAGUGUUGACCUGAAAAGCAAAGCAAUUGUUAAAUUGAAUUGAAUUUGAAGAAUGGAUGAUAUAUUCAAUUGGUGUAGAGAUGGCAAUGCUUUUCAAGUGCGGGUAUGGCUGGACGACACCACCCAUGACAUGAACCAGGGUGAUGAUCAUGGCUUCAGUCCAUUGCAUUGGUCAGCAUUUGCCGGACGUAAUGGAUUGGUGGAGAUGUUGAUCGGAAAGGGCGCCCGAAUUAACGCCACAAAUAUGGGAGACGACACUUCACUCCACUUGGCCUCAGCGCAGGGACACAAGGAUGUGGUCCACCAACUGAUCCGCCACAAGGCUGACAUGAAUGCGGUGAAUGAGCAUGGUAACACUGCCCUCCAUUACGCCUGCUUCUGGGGGUAUCAACACAUCGCUGAAGAACUCAUCACUAGUGGAGCUCUGGUGAACAUAAGCAACAAAUACGGAGAAACGCCUUUAGAUAAAUGUAAGGGUCAAAUGCAACAGCGACUCCACGAGUUGGCCACAGAGUUGGGUCAAGACGUGACCAAAAAGAUCCCGUAUAAGGACCAGUCCUGGUUGGGCACCAAAUCCAGAUCACGUGACGCCACUCUUUCCCGAUAUUCCGGUCUGAGUCUCAAUGAACUGCAUUUGCAACACAAGAUAGCGUCCAGUCCUUCGGGGGAGACCUGGAGAGGUGUUUGGCAGAGGAAUAACAGUGAGAUUUGUGCCAAAUUUGUGGCCGUUGUCGGCGAAAUGGCGGCCAGAAUUCCAAGAGAUUUCUCCGAGGAGUUCCCAAGACUUCGAAUCUUUUCUCAUCCAAAUGUACUGCCAGUUAUCGGUUGUGUUAAUUCACCGCCAAAUUUGGUUGUUGUUAACCAACACAUGCAAUACGGAAGCCUUUAUCAGGUUCUUCACGAGGGAACCGGUAUUGUCGUCGACACACAUAAAGCUCUCAAGUUUGCCAUUGAUAUCGCCAGAGGAAUGGCUUUCUUGCAUACUUUGAGUCCAUUAAUUCCUCGGCUCUACUUAUCAUCAAAACAUGUUAUGAUCGAUGAGGACCUGACGGCGCGGAUCAAUAUGGCUGACGCCAAGUUCUCAUUCCAGGAGCGCAACAAAGUGUAUAACCCGUCGUGGAUGGCACCCGAGGCCCUCCAGAAGAAACACACCGACAUCAACGUCAAAGCGGCCGACAUGUGGUCCUUCGCUAUAUUGCUCUGGGAAUUGGCCACAAGACAAGUGCCUUUCGCUGAUCUCUCACCCAUGGAGAUAGGCAUGAAAGUGGCGUUGGAAGCGCUCAGAGUGACCAUUCCUCCGGGCAUUUCACCACAUAUGGCGCGACUCAUCAGAAUCUGCAUGAAUGAAGAGCCCGGGAAGAGACCAUCUUUUGAUCAGGUGAUCCCCAUCUUAGACAAAAUGAAACAAUCAUAACACACACAACGGGUGCCAAAGUAUAUGCAAUACAAUUGUGUUCAGCUCUCAAGCAUCAAAUCUAAUCAAAACUAAGACAUUAACAAUUAUACAAUAAUUUACGUUAAUAUCAAUAUUUAUAACAAAUAUAACAUAACAUAUAAUUGAAUCAAUUAAUGACUAACAAGUGUACGGUAUAAUCAAUAGUCACUAACAUUUCAUUUAAUAAAUAAUGUUUUAAAAGACCAAAUCAAUCAAA